AGAACUGCAGAUGGAAUAGGCUUCUGCACAUGAAUGCACUAUUUUUACUUUGAAGCAGACACAGUCCACUUAAAGUUAACCAUCAAUGCAAUAGGGAAAGACACACCGAUUUAGGAUCUCUGUGUAAAUAGACGUGGCGAGCUAUGAUGAAGUUCAUUUAUGUCGCUGUGGCUGUGCUCAGUCUUAUGUCCAUUGGGCAGUCAGCUCCUGUGAGCAGCUGUGAGAGUCUGAUCCAGACUACUGAAAUCAGUGGAACAGAGCAGCUGCUUGGGAAGUGGAUGGCCAUAGCAGAAAGCACAAACUUGCCAGCAUCCAAAAUCCUGACGAAGAUGUUCGUGGAGACUGUUUGGAGCAAAAUCACAGCUGCUAACGAGAGUGAUGCCAUCACUGUUCAACAGUAUCAAAAAGUAUUAGGCCGCUGCUUCACUGUCACCGUUAAGAUGACCUUGGCAAACAGCACUCUCUCUAUGGUGGAACCUUACGUUGCUUCUGAGGUCAUGCUGAAUACGAGGUGCCCUGACUGCCUUGUUCUCUACUCGAAGUACACCCUUGAUGCAAAUACAUACAGAGGUCUCCAGCUUCUGAGCAGGAGAAAAAGUGUGACUGCUGCUGAGCUGGCUGACUUUAAAAAGCAGGUCGAGUGUCUGAACUUACCAGCACCUGCUGUCCUGGACUCAGAAAAAGGUUUUUGCCCAGAUGAGUCUGCCUCCCCAGGGACAGAAACCACUGAUCUAACCAGUGCCAUGAAAAGCAUAAAUCCUCAGAUUUUCAGCAUGAUUGAGAGAAUCACUGACACUGAAGGUGGAAUGCAGAUGCUUUCCGAUAUUAUCACCAGUAGCCUUACUGAAACAGACGACUAUUAACAUCUUCAAGAAUGUGAUGACAUGCUCACAUAAUGAAGAGGCCAUGUUGUCUGCAGAGAAUUCAGCCAAUAAAAAUAAUAAUCACAAAGUA